AUGGCCUCCGGAGCCCUAGAGGCCGCGGAGCCCGAAGGGGCGGCGGCUCCUCCCCCCGUCGAGGGCAAGGAGGAGGAGCUCCCCGAGAAAUCAGAGGUGGAGGAGGCAGAUCAAGAGGACCGAGAGAUCGCCGCUCCGGAGGAGGAGGAGGCCGAGGCUUCCGACGAGGAGGCCUCGGCCGAAGAUGACGACGGGGACGACGACGCCCCCCCGAAAGGGAAGGAGAGCGAGGAGAAUCCGAAAGGAGGGAGCUCCGUGGAGAAACAGGCCUCCAGCCACACCGUCUCGGCGCGCACAUGGACGGAGCAAGCUCUCCACCGUCUCGGCUGCCGCGACCUGCUCACCCCUCAGCUCGUCGCCCGCGUGAUCGACCCUUUCCUGAUCCCCCACCUCUCGCUCGCCCUCGGCUUCUUCGACUGGGCCUCCCAGCAGCCCGGCUUCGCUCACGACCCCCUCACGUACCGCUCCGUCCUCAAGUCCCUCUCCGCUUCCCGACAGUCCAACGCCGUCGAGGCCCUGUUGAAGCGGGUCAGGGCCCGCGGGAUCAGCCUCGACGCCUCGGCAUACGGGCACGUCAUCGCCUGUUUCGUCAGGAACAAGAGGACCCACGACGGGUUUUUGGUUUUCAGCGAGAUUGGUUCGUUAGUUGGGGACGUUGGGCCCGACGUGUGUAACUUGCUUCUGGCUGCCCUCGCGUCUGAUGGGUAUAUCGAUAAUGCAAGGAAGGUGUUCGAUGAAAUGAUGCAGUGGGGUGUUCGUUUGAGCACUUUGGGAUUGGGCGUGUUCUUGUGGAAGUUUUGUGGUAAUGGGGAAAUUUCCGAGGUUCUGAGCGCGUUAGAUGAAGUUAGGAGGCGUAAUGCAGGGAUUAACGGGUCAGUUAUUGCCGUUUUGGUAGUUCAUGGUCUUUGUCAAGCUUCAAGGGUAUCAGAGGCUCUUUGGGUGCUGGACGAGCUGAGAAGUAGAAGCUGCAAACCUGAUUUUAUGGCGUAUAGAAUUGUUGCGGAAGCUUUUCGAGAAAUGGGUGAUGUGGUGCAGAAAGAGAGAGUUUUGAAGUUGAAGCGGAAGUUAGGAGUAGCUCCGAGGGCGAAUGACUAUAAAGAGUUUUUAUUUACUCUGAUUUCUGAAAGACUAAUGAAGGAAGCCUCAGAGUUGGGUGAAGUCAUCGUUAGUGGGGACUUUCCCCUGGAGGAUGAUAUCCUCAAUGCAUUGAUCGGAACAAUCUCAGCUGAUGAUCCCCAAUCAGCUAUCGCCUUCUUUAGGUUCAUGAUUAAGAAGGGAAAGUUCCCGACCCUUUUGACAUUGAGCAAUUUGUGUAGGAACUUAUGCAAGCACAACCAAACUGAUGUACUGAUGCAGGUGUAUCAAGUCUUGGAUUCUGGUGGUUAUUUUGCUGAUGCGGAGAGUUACACUGUGAUGGUCUCAUUUUUAUGCAGGGCUGGAAAAGUAAGAGAAACUUAUGGAAUCCUUCAGGUGAUGAAGAAGAAAGGGUUGGGCCCAGAUGUGGUUGGCUAUAAUUCUGUUCUGGAAGCAUGUUGUUGGGAAGAUCUUAUACGUCCAGCAAAAAGGCUGUGGGAUGAGAUGUUUUCAAGUGGGUAUUCUGGAGAUUUUAGAACAUAUACUAUCUUGAUCAAGAAGUUCUCUGAAAUAGGGCAAGUUGAAGAGGCGAGGAGGCUGUUUUACCACAUGUUGGAGAACGGGUUGGAACCAGAUUCCUCAAUCUACAAAUCUCUCAUAGAAGGGCUUUGUCAAGAAGCAAACUUUGAAGUUGCCUUUAAUAUUUUCGAUAAGUGUAUUGAACAGGAUCCAACUCUUGCCAGUAGUGUCCUCAGUGCAUUCAUCCUGUGUCUCUGCAGAAAAGGUGAUUUUGUUACCGCUUCAAAGUUGCUCCAACGUUUCAAUUGUGAUUUGGGCAAUUUAGACUCCCUUGUCACUUUCCUGAAAUACUUAAAUGAUGCGGACGAGGUGAGACUUGCCCUUGAACACAUGAAAUGGAUUAGGGAAAACUCUUCUCUGAUGAUGAAUCGUAUUUCAUCAGAACUUGUAUUCCUAGUUUCUUCUGCGUCUAAAUCGGAACCAAUCUUGAACUGGCUUGACAUGGAGAAAGUUAGAAGGUUUGGCUGCUAGACUUGGUGGAGCCAAGAACAUAUUCUGUGAACUUUUUUCUGAUAACAAGGCUGAUAACGCCUUUUGGUUGGAUAGUUCCUCAAUUGAGAAAGUCUGUCUUGAAGAGGAAGAAUGCACCUUUCAGUUUGGUUCUUUAUUUUUAUCAUUCUUGUGGAAAAUGUAGAUGAAUGUAUUUCAUUUUCAUAUUAUUAUAAUAUUUUGAUGUUAUUAAGUGCUUAA